CCUGUUCCAACUCAACAGGUCCAGAUUGCGCCGCAAAUAUUUGUCCCCGAUGUCCCGGCCGGUGGAUCGAAUGCGAUAUCCGACGACGACAUGUGUAUGAAAGCAAUGGACGAAUUUGAGGAUACAGAUUCUUACACCGUUGCCGUCAACGGGAAACGUGUUUCGACCGCCAAUACCACCUCAGCUGCUAACGCUAAAAAAAUUAGAUUGAAUCUCGUCAAGUCACCCGGGUUUGUUGAGAUUUUGUCGUCCGCAAACCGUAAAAUAGUUUGGUAUUAUGCUAAAAAUAUUACUAAUACAAUGAUUUAUUCUGACUUUCUCCGCCCGCUUAUGCCUGAGCUAGUCAAUUUAUUGAAAACCCACGUAAAAAAGCAUGCGAUUAAAUUCAAUUUGAAACUCGAGGCAGCAUACAACCGGCCCAACGUACCAAACUCGUCAGAGAACCGGGCAUUCAAGACUUCGGCGGUAGAACUUUAUCCGCUCCGCAUAGUGACAUUAGAACGAUUGUAGAGAGGGCGUAUAUAAAGUUGAUGAAGGAGAAAGAUGACUACAGUGGGAGAGGGAGUGGGUUUUCUCUAGAGUCAAUAGACGGGCUUGUUGUUGGCGGUAUAUAAAUAUACACCAUUGGGUGGCUCGUCGUAUAUCGAGUUGCCAACGUAUAUCGACAGGAAACGGGGUACAAUAAAUCCACAAAACACAGACCAGGAAUGUUUUAAGUGGGCAA